AUGCAUCGCCAUUUGGCUGCUACCGAAAUUCGGUAUUUCAGGGCUCUAAAGUGGAGCUACAUAUCGCAUCUAGCAUCGUAUCACGUUCCUAUAUUGCGGCGAGGGUCAAGUUCAUUUCCUGUGGUCGCAGGUUUUUCCUCGGUCCGCAGUCGCAAGCAACAAUCCGCGGCCUCGGAUUCUGCGCCAACGACGGAUGCUACUCAUAUUUCACAACACAAUGUGACGGCUAAUGUGUCUGUUAAAUCAGAUUCCUCUGUGCCUGUUUGCGACCUGCAAUCGUCACUGGAGUCUAUGAUCUGCGAUGUCCGCCAGCGUCGUAAAAUACGCGACCGACCCGUGUUUUUGACCGUGCUAUCGCAACCGUCCACAGCGUUGGUGGACCUGCUGUUCGCUAUCUUCAAGCAUGGUGGCGCCGCGGUCUCGGUGCUUCCCGUCUGCUUCUCGCUAUUGCGCAGCCGGCUUGCUACCAGUGAGCCUACGUGUUUCGAGAAGCAUAUAGUGGACAACUGGAGGUCUAUGAUAGUCGAAUCUCGCAGCGAUAUCGUGUUGACCACGCGGGACUACUAUUCGCUGCUGUCGCCGAUAUGCCGAGAGCUGACCGUGCCCCUGCACGUCCUGGUUCGGGCUCCAGCCAUAAUAUCGGCAGCUGAAUUCGAUUCAGCUAUGCGCGCCGGCCACGGCUACAUCGAUCUUCUGGAUACCCCUAAGGCCGGUUCCAAGAUUACUCCAGACGUGUCGCAGUUGUUCGGCAACGGUGACCGUGAAUGGUCCUUGCUGCACGUGUUCUCGGAAGUCGGCUCGUGCAACGGAAAGGUCGUAGCUCACACGAAGGCAACUUUGGAUGCAGAGCGGGAACGUGUCAGGAACGUGAUUUCUAUCGCUCCGAACGACCAGGUGCUGAACUGCCUCUUUCCGCACGAAUACGGUUUCACGAUGUACGGAGUGUUGCAACCCUUAUACGCCGGAGCCAGGGCACACUACCCUCUAAUAGUGCCAUCUGCAACUCGCUACACGUCCUUGAAGCCGCAAUUCCCACUCACGCUUCGCCGUGACCUUCGUGAGACGGUGACCCUCUCUCUGGCGCAGUCGGUCUUCGAGUAUGUUCGCUCCAAUGGCUGCAAACCGACCGUCCUUCUCUGCGGCUCAGAAAUGUUGAGGUACCUCCUGGAGUUCAUAACUUGCGGGGAGCUUUCGGCGCCGGAGCGCCGUUCGUACCUCGGACACUGGGUCAAUGUGGACCGUAUUUACGUAUUCGAGGACGCGUCGCAGUUGCGUUCCGGAUCACUGCAUGAGACUGUUGCUGCAUUUUUAAAGGCGACCUCACUGUCAGCAUCCGUGACCCAGCUGUACACGCUACCCGAGGUUGGCUUAGUGGCACAUAUGAACCUGCGUGACCCCGAGGCUACCCCCGUUGCCCUGCCAGAUUGCAAUAUCAUUAACGAAGGUUCUCAAUUCAUAAUAGCCGCUAGAACCGGCUCUCUAUUCCAGACAUAUUUGGGCCGUCCGUAUGCGACAAAGUCCGCAUUAGUGAAUGGCGAAUUGCGCCUAAAGUUCCAGACGCCCGUUGAAUCCACUCCUCUGCUGCCUCGUCACUUGGAGUACGUGACGUACUUCAAACGUCGACGGGAGCGCAUGUCGCGCUAUCCGCAGGGAUACAUAAAGCAGGUGCCCGUGCGCACUCAGUUUUGGGGCAACUACACUGGUCGUAAGCGGCACCCCUCGGUACUAUAG